CCCAAAUCGUAGCAUGAUCAUGAUCAUGGCAUGCACUAACACAUACGUCACUGGCUAAUGUGCUCCAAAACAUUUUUCAUCAAGCAGUGGGAUAUUUGAAGCCAUUUCGUCCGUCCUUCUCCUCUUGACAGCCGAAUCAUUCGCUUCUAACCCUAACGCUCUGACUGGCCAUCCAUCUUCCACCCACCAACCUGGAAUGGGUAACCCGUUACGGCAAUGCCAGAAGUGGCUUCAACGGAAUAUAUGGGGGUCCAAGGGUAUGCAACCCGAAUCCGUCGCCAUCAAGCCGAGAGAUCCCCCUUCGAACGACAUGUCCACCAAAACACAGUCUCACCCGACCACAGAGCCUCCACCAUACAGUCAAGAAUCCAGGUUGACUGCGCUGCCGGAAUACGACGUACUCUUCCGUCCCGUUCGGGCUACACGUGCAAGCACCCAGGCUGCCGUAUGCGUUGCUGGCGUCACCGGUGGGCCAGCUGCCGCUAGAGCGGUAGCUACCGUGAUCAGCAUUGUUUCCCACUCCGUCGCCAACGUAUCGAAAGACGAGAGACCAGCCACUGUCAGUGCCAUAACUACCGCUGUCAUCAAGUUUGCGACCAGGGUCGUACAAGUAGGGCCAGGGGUUCCCUCUGUCACCAUAUAUGAUCAGGCUCUCGCCUCGGUACCGGUUGCGUCAAUGCCUGCUCUUGCCGAAGGUCUUCCCAAGGCUCUCAGCAACAUUGACCACGCUCUAUCUUCUGUUGUUCCAUGGCUACGUGACAGUGUCGCUGCUACCAUUGCAGAGGCCGUCGCCAAGGUCACCGACGAUGUGGCUGCUGCGUCCUUGGAUGGCGGGACGUGGAGGGCUGACAUGUAUUCUCGCCUCGCCAACUCUACGGCUGACGGCGUCCCCGACCGCGGCGUUGCCAGCACCCGCUCCGGUCCUCAGAAACUUCCCGAGCAGCUUCCCGACCCUGAUUCUAGCAAAAGCUCAAGCGCCGAUACACGCAGCAAAUAUGGAAGUUGCGAGGCGGUACGGCGGGUGGCCAGAAUGCAGGCGGUUAUUUACGCUAUCCGGGCACAUGCCGCAACGGCCGGUCAUAUCCAGGCGGAAAGAGCCCUUGCUGCCGUAGCUGCCGGCUCUGGUCUACCCGAUGUAGCCAAUGCAGUGCCAGGGGCUACUAAAUGCACUUGCAACAAGUCUCCCCUAAGCUGCGAGGCAUCGUUACAGGUGGUCCGAGCACGAGCUGCUCUAUCGGCGGUUAAAAGCUACACCGAAAUGACCAAGAAUACUGAAGCGGCUCAGGCGCUUUCUGCUGCGGAGAGACAAACGAGGAUCUAAGAAUUGUCCAUGCAGGGCAUAACGGCAUAUCUAGGCAGUUGUGUUGACUGCAGCAACUGUAUGGCCGAGCUUACAAGCAUGAGUGAUGGAAUGAAGGGGGGCGGCAGAGGAAGAUGACGUCGCGUUGAAUAACGAAGUUUAGGAUUUGGCUCACCGCUGUGCAUGAGUUCUCUGGAUGAGCUGAA